AUGCGGCACUAUAUACGCAAUGAAGAAUACCGUGAUGCACUUCUGAAAGCCGUCCGCUAUGUGGAAGAGGAUCUUUUAAUCCAAGAUAGUGAAGAUACCAUAUGGGGCCCCUUGGAGGUUCACAUGCCGGCGGUUGCUACUCAAGCUUGGUUUCAGUCUACAGUCACCAAAUUGCGAUAUGAUAAUCCAACAUUCAGAACUGAAGAUACACUCGUCAGUCCUAUUGGUAGUCCGUAA